AUGACAGCUAAGAAGUCUGGCUCACGACUGGAGACAGAAAUUGAGCGGUGUCGGUCUGAAACACAAUGGGACAAAAUCCCGGAGCUGGUCAGGCAGCUUUCAGCCAAGCUCAUCUCCAAUGAUGACCUCGGAGAGCUGCUGUUGGGGGAGUGUAAACUGCAGACCUAUCUAAAGGAGAAUCCCAUCAAACAGGGAGCAAGUCCAAGAGGCUCCCGGCCCACACUGGUUGAGGUCAGAAAGCACCUCACUGCAGCUUUGGACCGGGGAAACCUCAAGCCUGACUACCUUCAGGAAGCCAGUCUGCUGAUGGCUAAGCUCUGUUACGUGGAAGGGGACUACAAUGAUGCUUUGAGUAACUACAACAAGGUCAAUCUGGAUGAUCUGCAGCUUGGAGGGGCUCCUGUCUAUAGGCUUUCUAUGAUUGCAGAGGCAUAUGCAACUAAAGGUCUAUGUCUUGAAAAGGUGCCUGCCUCGUCUCCAUCUCUGACCAACAAAAACACAAGCUCCCCAUCAUCUAACAAGGGCACAACAGCAAGGGAGCAGGAAAUCAUCACAUGCUAUGAAAAAUCAGGGGAUAUUGCACUUCUUUACCUGCAGGAAGCCGAGAAGGCCUUGUCCGCAGGAAUGCAGAACCGUAGUCCUAAACCAGGUCCAGCGACUCAGGAACAAGAGUUGGGCUAUUUUCUGGAGACUGGAAUGCAAAGAGCUCAUGUCAUUCACUUCAAAAAUGGCAACUUGACCCGUGGUGUGGGGCGAUUUCGAGAAAUUCUUCGGGCUGUGGAGACAAGAACCACUCAGACCUUGCGCAUGACCAUAGCGAGACAGCUUGCGGAGAUCUUGCUUAGGGGGAUGUGUGAGCAGAGUUACUGGUCACCCCUGGAAGACCCGCCCACUGUGUCGCCAUUGGACGAUCCCACUCGCCACGGACAUGUUCUCAGCAAGAAUUACACUCUGACCCGGCGUCCUCGAGUCUACUCUGGGGAAAACCUAUUUUGCCCUCAGGAGAAUACAGAGGAGGCACUACUGCUUCUUCUCAUUAGUGAGUCCAUGGCAAACCGUGAUGCUGUUUUGAGCCGCAUACCAGAACACAACAACGAUCGCAUCAUCAGCCUCCAGUCCGCUUCUGUGGUGUAUGAUCUUUUGACCAUUGCUCUUGGACGGAGAGGGCAGUACGAGAUGCUUUCCGAGUGUUUGGAACGAGCAAUGAAGUUUGCUUUCGAGGAGUUUCAUUUGUGGUACCAGCUCGCUCUUUCACUGAUGGCUGCUGGGAAAUCCGCUCGGGCCGUCAAAGUUCUCAAAGAGUGCAUUCGCUUGAAGCCGGACGAUCCCACAAUCCCGCUACUUGCUGUCAAACUUUGCAUUGGGCCUCUUCACUGGUUAGACGAAGGAGAGACAUUUGCAAAGAUGGUUAUUGAGAUGGGGGAGAAAGCAGCAGAGUUCAGAGCCAAAGGGUACUUGGCCAUAGGGCUGGUUUAUAGCCUUAAAGCCACAGAUGCGUCAUUGAGAAGUUUGCAAGAGGAAUACCAGAGAAAAGCUUUAGGGGCAUUUCAAAGAGCCCAGAGUUUGUCACCUACCGACCAUUUAGCAGCUUUCUACCUGGCUCUUCAGCUGGCUGUGUCACGGCAGAUCCCUGAGGCUUUAGGAUACGUGCGGCAGGCGUUACAACUGCAGGGAGAUGACGUCCACUCCCUCCACCUGCUCGCCCUCCUGCUGUCUGCACAGAAACACUAUCAUGACGCUCUGAACAUCAUCGAAAUGGCCCUGUCAGAAUACCCAGAGAAUUUUAAUUUGCUGUACACCAAAGUGAAGUUGGAGUCGAUGUGCAGAGGGCCGGAAGAAGCGCUGCUGACCUGUAAACACAUGUUGCAAAUUUGGAAGAGUUUUUAUAACCUGACCAAUCCCAGCGAUUCUGGCCGUGGCAGCAGCCUCUUGGACCGAGCCAUGGCCGACCGACGCCAGCUGAACGCCAUGACUCUCCCGGACUUCAGCGACCCGGAGACUGUUUCUGGUUCUUCCUCAUCUCAGUCGGGCUCAGAUCCAAUCUCCCCCACCUCCCCCACCUUCCCCACCUCCCCCACCUCCCCCACCUCCCCCACCUUCUCCACCUUCUCCACCUUCUCCACCUUCUCCACCUCGCCCACCUUCCCCACUCCAUCCUCUCCGCUGCCCUCCCCUUGCUCUCCGGUCUUCAUUCUGCAGUCUCCCCCUUUCUCUCCGCUCAGACCCCUGCCCUUCACACCCACCACUCCCCUCCCGCCCUCACCCAUCUCCCCCACGUGUUCUCUGCCGCCCAUCAAGACCCAGACGCACUCGUUCUGUAGCCACAAGGCGCUGCGGCAGCUCUCCCACAGCUGCUCGGUCCAUGCCACGUCCAUCGCAGCCAGCAGAGUGGAGCAGGCUUUGUCUGAAGUGGCCUCUUCUCUUCAGAGCAGUGCCCCCAAACAUGGACCCCUGCACCCCUGGAUGACACUGGCUCAGAUCUGGCUGCAUGCAGCCGAAGUGUACAUUGGGAUGUCUAAGCCAGCUGAAGCCACGGCGUGCACACAGGAGGCAGCCAACCUGUUCCCCACCUCCCAUAAUGUGCUGUACAUGCGGGGGCAGAUCGCGGAGCUGCGGGGCAAUAUCGAAGAGGCCAAGCGCUGGUACGAGGAGGCCCUGUCCAUCAACCCCACGCACGUGAAGACCAUGCAGAGACUGGGCCUGAUCCUGCACCAGCUUCAGCGCUACAGUCUGUCUGAGAAGGUCCUACGAGACGCCGUGCAGGUCAACAGCACUGCUCACGACGUCUGGAACAGUCUGGGCGAGGUGCUGCAGGCCCAGGGAAACGCCGCCGCAGCCACAGAGUGCUUCCUAACGGCGCUGGAGCUAGAGGCCAGCAGCCCCAUUCUGCCAUUCACCAUCAUACCAAGAGCUCUAUAA